AUGGACCCUUCCAAACAAAUCAUUGACGACGUGCCAGAAACGACUACCAAGGUCAAGCAGCAUGUCACCAACAUCAAUACAGAAGAUAAACAGACAAUUAAGACUGAAGUGAAAGACUGCAUUAAGUAUUUGAAAAGAAGACAGGCAUCACAAGACCAUGCUUACAAAAAGAGGAAACUAAUCGAAUGUAAUCUACCAACAGACCAUCUCAAUGAUGAUGAAAAAGAAAAACAGUUUUCUAUCAUGGCCUGUUCAUCAGACAUGUCCUGCAGACAAAUAUCACCAGUACCUGGCGGAUCUCAAGAAGGAAAGAAAGAAUGCCAGAAAACGGAUUAUUCCGGCAACGCCAGCUGCUCCCAGAAGGCGGUUGCCUUUCUCCCCACCAGGCAACACACCACAGGCCACCACGCCACAGGCCUCCACACAACCAGCCACCAUACCGCACCAACGAUAACCACACCACCAGCCACCGCACCAAAGAUAAUCACACCACCAGCCACCGCACCAACGAUAACCACACCACCAUCUACUGCACCAAAGAUAACCACACCACCAGCCACCGCACCAAAGAUAACCACACCACCAGCCACUGCACGAAAGAUAACCACACCACCAGCCACUGCACGAAAGAUAACCACACCACCAGCCACUGCACCAAAGAUAACCACACCACCAGCCACUGCACCAAAGAUAACCACACCACCAGCCACUGCACCAAAGAUAACCACACCACCAGCCACUGCACCAAAGAUAACCACACCACCAGCCACUGCACCAAAGAUAACCACACCACCAGCCACUGCACCAAAGAUAACCACACCACCAGCCACUGCACCAAAGAUAACCACACCACCAGCCACCGCACCAAAGAUAACCACACCACCAGCCACUGCACGAAAGAUAACCACACCACCAGCCACUGCACGAAAGAUAACCACACCACCAGCCACUGCACCAAAGAUAACCACACCACCAGCCACUGCACCAAAGAUAACCACACCACCAGCCACUGCACCAAAGAUAACCACACCACCAGCCACUGCACCAAAGAUAACCACACCACCAGCCACUGCACCAAAGAUAACCACACCACCAGCCACUGCACCAAAGAUAACCACACCACCAGCCACUGCACCAAAGAUAACCACACCACCAGCCAAUGCACUAAAGAUAACCACACCACCAGCCACCGCACCAAAGAUAACCACACCACAGGCCACCACACUAGAGAAAACCACAUUCCCAGAGCCGACACCAAAAACAGGACGGAUGCCUCCACAGAGAGAGCUCGUUCCCCGACUGGUGGAUCGUCAGCCUGGACUGGUAUUCGACUUGUGUGAGAAUGCGGCGGCACCACCAGAGCCAGAAGAUCCUGGGCCGUCCGAGACCAUCAAACGUUCCAAGUUGGUGCCAGUGCUCCAACUGCCGGGAGAUGCCAGUAGUGUCAUUCAGUUAAUGCUAGGACAAAAGAUGAUAUAA